AUGAUCAAUGGUGACGCGGCUAACAGAUGGCGCAUUCGUAUUGGGUCGUCCUGGGCCAACAGCGGUGGCGUCGUACAUAACGUCGCCCAGAUCAUCAUUCACGGCUCAUUUAACUCUAGAAGUCUGGACAACGAUAUUGCUAUCCUUCGCUCCGCCUCCGUCUUCUCUUUCAACAACAAUGUCAGCGCUGCUUCCAUUGCAGGAUCGAAUUACAACCUUGGCAACAAUCAACCAGUCUGGGCUGCUGGAUGGGGUGAUAUUUACCCUAAUCUAAACGUUGGCUCCGAGCACCUCCAGCACGUUCAGCUGCUGAUUAUAAACCAGAGUGUUUGUAGAAACAACUACGCUAGCCGAGGAUUUGUUAUCACCGAUAACAUGGUGUGCUCCGGCUGGCCCUCUGGUGGGCGUGACCAGUGCCAGGGUGACUCUGGUGGUCCUCUCUACCACAACGGCAAUGUUGUUGGUGUCUGCUCUUUCGCCAUUCCCUCUAAUCCACAAAGAAUUGUGGGUGGUUCUGCUACCACGAUAGACCAGUACCCAACUAUAGCUGGUCUUUUGUUUUCAUGGGAUUGGAGUCAGUAUUGGCACGCAUGCGGCGGUAUUAUCUUAAACAGCCGAUCAAUUCUCACUGCUGCUCACUGCGUCGCGGGUGAUCCAAUUGGCAGAUGGCGAAUCCGUGUAGGCUCCACCUGGGCCAACACUGGUGGUGACGCUUAUUUUGUAAUUGAGAUUGUUGUGCAUGACUCAUAUAACCCUAGAACUAUGGACAGCGAUAUCUCUAUUGUACGCUCUCUUUUCGCUAUCUCCUUUAAUGAUAAUGUACGGGCUGCUCCUAUCGCUGGCUCCAAUUACAUUGUUGCUGACAACCAAGCUGUCUGGGCUGCUGGAUGGGGUGACUUAUCCCAUGGUACACAUGCUGGAUCCGAGCAGCUUCAACACGUUCAGCUAGUGAUUAUCAAUCAGACGAUUUGCAGAAAUAACUACGCGAGCCGUGGUUACACUAUCACGGACAAUAUGAUGUGCUCUGGCUGGCCAUCUGGAGGUCGGGAUCAGUGCCAGGGUGACUCUGGUGGUCCUCUUUAUCACAGUGGUGUGGUUGUUGGUGUGUGCUCUUUUGGGAUUGGCUGUGCUCAAGCCGAUUUUCCUAGGGUCAACGUUCGUGUGUCUCGCUACACAUCUUGGAUCACUUCUAACGCAUAA